AUGCGUGUGGCAAUCGCCGAGGCCGAGCUUGGCGACGCCGACGAGGGCGAGGACCCCACCGUAAACCGGCUCGAAACGAUGGCCGCCGAGCGGCUCGGCAAGGAAGACGCCGUCCUCGUUACCAGCGGCACCCAGGGCAACAUGGUGGCGAUCCUCUCGCAAUGCCACCGGGCGACUCCGUCAUCGUCGGUCGGAACACCCACAUAA